GAAAAAAACUGUCUAGGAAAUGAGAAUACAAAGGCAGAAGUGCAAGUGGUUGGUGUUAAACAAUGUCAUGACAGAGAGCAAUGGAGGUGUGCAGGCAGGAAUGACAGCAGGUUUAUUUCAGUAGACAGCAAAUAUACUUGUGAGAGGGAGGAAGAAGCGGAAGUUAAGAAGUUGAUGAGAAGAAACUGAUUGUUGAAAACCGAGUGAAACUACUAACUACAGCUGGAAUAUGGGUGAGUCCAGUAUAUGCCAGGUGAGGGCAACAGUCAUGCUGUAUGAUGACAACAACAAGCGCUGGGUACCAGCGGGAUCUGACAGUCCGUCCUUCAGUCGUGUCCAGAUCUAUCAUAACCCUACGGCCAACACCUUCAGAGUGGUUGGCCGCAAACUGCAGGCUGACCAGCAGGUGGUGAUCAACUGUCCCAUUAUCAAAGGGAUGAAGUAUAAUCAAGCCACACCAAACUUCCACCAGUGGCGGGAUCCCAAACAGGUGUGGGGGCUGAACUUUGGCAGUAAAGAGGAUGCUGCUCUUUUCGCAAACUCCAUGACGCAUGCAAUAGAGGCUCUCAGUGCACCAGCGGGCACAGGCCCAGCUCAGAAUGGGCCCUCUGCACAGGAGCUGGAAAACCAGAGAAGACUAGAGCGUCAGAGGCAGGAGCAGCAAGAGAAGGAACGUCUGGAAAGAGAGAAGCAGGCCUCUGCUGCUGCAUCUGCCCCUCCUGCCCCACCUGCCCCCCCACCCGCACCACCCGCACCCCCACCACCUCCAGGCCCACCACCAUCUUCCUCUGGAAGUUGCCCACCUGCACCUCCACCACCUCCUCCUGGGGGCAUGGCCCCACCUGCACCACCCCCGCCCCCUGCAGGAGGAGGUGGAGGAGCAAACGAUCUGGCUGCAGCUCUGGCAGGAGCCAAACUGCGUAAAACAGUCAAGGAUGAGGGAGGGGCUGCAGCCCCAGCCCCCAAAUCAGCAUCCUCAUCUGGUGGAGGUGGGGGUGGAGGAGGUGAUCUCAUGGGAGAAAUGAGUGCCAUCCUUGCUAGGAGGAGGAAAGUUGCUGACAAUCCUGCUGCAAAAAAAGAAGAACCUCGCAAUGUGGAGUCUGACUCCUCAGUAUCAAAAUCCUCAGGACCAGGAGACAUCAAUGAAAAGCCAAAGGAAAAAUCUACCACCUUGCCAAGGCCCAAAUCUUUAACCAGCAGUCAAAGGGACUCCAACCCAAGUCCCAGCUCCUCCAUUUCUCCCUCCUCUAACUCCACCACUACCCCGAGGAUGAAGGUGGUGAAAAAGAACUCAGAUGUUGCAGGAAGUGAUGUUGAUAUGGAACAAAUCAAACAGGAAAUUCUCGAAGAAGUGAAAAAAGAACUUCACAAAGUGAAGGAGGAGAUAAUCACAGCCCUGAUCAAGGAGCUACAAAGUGCAAAACUCAAAGGUGAAGAGUCUUGAAAGACUGAAGAAUGGGUCAGGAGAAUAGUGAAUAGAUAUUAAGGCUUCAUCAUUCAACGCUCAGGCAAUUUAUUUUUGAAAUAUGCAGUCUCAAUAUAUUCAUCUCUAUAUCGUUGUGUCUCUUUCAUAUUUUCCUGUGGUGCUGUUCAAAGCCCGACUGAUGCAGGAUUUUUGAGGCUGGCCCAGAUUUUAAUAUUUAAGUGUAACAAAAUUCUGAUGACAAUAUAUCUGGUAAUAUUCAUUUUCCUACAUGAACACAUAACAUCCACAGACAUUUUUGGUUGACAUGUCUUUUUCUUCAAAAUCUCCUCCUCUCUGCACUAUUCUUGUUACUCUAAUACAACAUUUAAAAUAUGAACCGAUCUUCGUCUAAGUUACAAACACAAACACAAUCUAUUUUCACUAAUAACACAAAUCAUUGUAUUGUUCUUGUCCAUACUGAAAACAUUGUUCAAACAUUCACAGCGUAGGUGGGAAAAAGUAUGUGAACCUCUUGGCUAAUGACAUCAACAAAAGCUAACAAGAGUCUGGAGUUAACAAACCAGGAGUCCAGUCAAUAAAACAAAAUUGGAGGUGUGGGUUAGAGCUUUUUCCACCAGCACUGUGAAUGUUUAAUGGGAGUGUUCAAUAAACACUCAAAAGAUUAUAACUGUUUGUGUGUUAUUAGCUUUAGUGUUAGUGUUAUUAACACAUUGUGUUUGUCUGUACUUGUGGCUUGAAUGAAGAUCAGAUCAGGUUUUAUGAUGCAGAAAACCAGGUCAUUCUACUGGGUGUGACAAUUCUCCAAAUCCACAGUUCAGUUCAGACCAUUGUUUUUUAAAUGCUCCUACACUGUUGACUUCAAUGUGCCCAGGGUUUGUGCGCUCUCAGGGUUAAUAUUCAUUUUGAGUUAAUUAGACUAGCCUAACUUUUACCACAGGCAUGAUCACUCUAUCAUGAUUGGACCAAAACACAUGACAUACGCAGUUUGCAUGUGUCACGUGGCUGCAGGCUGCACCUGCAGUGCUGGUAGUGGGAUCAGGUGAGGUGCAUUGUGAUGCCACUUUCUCAUAUUGCAUUACGAGACUGAAGAUAUUUGUAUUGGGAUUUCAGGAUUGGUUUCAGAAUCAUUACACCUCUAAUAUAAACACUACUCAGCCACAACAUUAAAACCACUGACAGAUGAAGUGGAUAACAUUGAUCAUCUCAUUAAAAUAUAAUGUUCUGCUGGGUGAUCUUUGGGGAAUGCUGUUGCCUGAACAGUACCUAGGUGGGAUACAUGUCAAAGUAACAUGAUCAAUGUUAUCCACUUCUCCUGUCAGUGGUUUUAAUGUUGUGACUGACCAGUGUGUAUAUAAAUGGCAUAAACGUCAGCUGUUAACUGCCCAAGGUAAAAAAAAAAAGAAAAGAAAAAAAAAGGAAAAAAAAGCAGAAAAAGAAAAAAAAGGUUUAGGUUGCCAAAAUGGAACUAAAGCAAUGGAACUAAAUGAAGCCUUGAAUGUCAAUGCAAACAGUUCCUACAGGUGGGUGUCCAAACUAAUGCUGAUCACUUACAAACACUCUGUCUGUACAAAGGCAGUGUUGGAACAAAUUGUGUUAUUACACCCUCUGAUGCUUCAUUAGAACAAUACUGUACAGUGGGAAAUAGUUGUAUUUUGAUAUCAGAGAGGUGAGAAAAGGGCAGUAACAAAGGAAGACAGACUGGCUGGUAAGGGGUUCAACCUACAACAUAAUGAGCCACAACAUUAGAACCGAACCAGACAGUGGCUUUACAUGAUGGAGGAGCAGCUCAGUCUCCAGACGUACAGUACUGUAUAUACUGUAUCUGCUGUCAUGUUGUGUUGGGUAGUAGGUGCAGUCAUUUUGGUGUUUGUUUGUGUUAUACCUUUUGUUUCUCAGGUUUCUGUAAUCACUAGGGAUGCAAUGACAUAAAAAUCUCACAAUACAAUAA